CGGGAUGGGGGAGGCGGCCGUGGCCGCGGAGCCCUGCCCGCUGCGCGAGGACAGCUUCACGCGCUUCUCGUCGCAGAGCAAUGUGUACGGGCUGGCGGGCGGCGCGGGCGGGCGCGGGGAGCUGCUGGCCGCCACCCUUAAAGGCAAGGUGCUGGGUUUCCGCUACCAAGACCUCCGACAGAAAAUCCGGCCGGUAGCCAAGGAGCUGCAGUUCAAUUACAUACCCGUGGAUGCUGAGAUUGUCUCCAUCGACACCUUCAACAAGUCACCCCCAAAGCGGGGCCUGGUUGUGGGAAUCACGUUCAUCAAGGAUUCAGGGGACAAAGGCAGCCCCUUCCUUAACAUUUACUGUGACUACGAGCCUGGCUCUGAGUACAACCUUGACUCCAUUGCCCAGAGCUGCCUGAACCUGGAACUUCGGUUCACUCCUUUCCAGCUGUGCCAUGCAGAGGUCCAGGUCGGGGAUCAGCUGGAGACUGUGUUUCUCCUGAGCGGGAACGACCCGGCCAUUCAUCUCUACAAGGAGAACGAGGGGCUGCAUCAGUUUGAAGAACAACCCGUGGACAACCUCUUCCCAGAGCUCACGAACCUGGCCAGUAGCGUCCUCUGGCUUGACGUCCACAACCUCCCUGGCACAUCCCGGCGACUCUCAGCUCUCGGCUGUCAGAGCGGUUAUGUCCGUGUAGCCCAUGUGGACCAGCGGAGUCGAGAGGUUCUGCAGACGUGGACGAUCCUACAGGACGGCCCUAUCUCCCGAGUGAUCGUGUUCAGCCUCUCAGCCCCCACAGAGACCACGGACAGGCCACAGCGGGAAGAGUACAGCUUACUCGUGGCCAGUAUGUUGGAGCCCGCAGUGGUGUACUGGGACCUGCUGAGCCGGGGCCUUGAGGACCAGCUUCUCCUGCCUGGCAGUGACCAGUUUGACAGCGUCCUCUGUGGCCUGGUCACCGAUGUCGAUUUGGAUGGGCAGCCAGAAGUCCUGGUGGCCACCUAUGGACAGGAGCUGCUCUGUUACAAGUACCGCGGCCCCGAGGCCGGGCUCCCCGAGGCCGAGCGUGGAUUCCGCCUGUUGUGGCGAAGGAGCUUCCCCAGCCCGCUGCUGGCCAUGGCUCACGUGGACCUGACCGGGGACGGGCUGCAGGAGCUCGCCGUGGUCUCCCUGAAGGGCGUGCACAUCCUGCAGCACAGCCUGAUCCAGGCCUCGGAGCUGGUCCUGUCCCGGCUGCGGCACCAGGUGGAGCAGAGGAGACGUCAGUUGCAAAGGCCAGGGGACAGGGUGGGCCCAGGGCCUGCUGGGACAUAGGCCUCCUGAGCACCCACCCACUGCCCACAUUGGGGUGCUCACCUCCAGCCCCUGCAGGAGAGGGAAGAACCCAGGCCGCCAGGGUGGAGCUGUGAGUUCCCAGGGUGCCCUGUGGCCUCACCUAAUCACUGCUCUGUGCCUAAGGUCCCCAUUUGAAAAUGGGAUGAUCUCACCCAACCCCCUUUCGCUCCAGGUGAGAAUUGACCAGCCACCAAUUAGUAUACAUCCAGAGGAACUGAACUUUCCAUUUUCUUCAUUGUUUUUUUUUUUGAAUCC